GUUAGACAUGAAACCAGUUGAUGUAACUGUUACCAUCCUUGAUCGCAGUUGCCCACCCAAUACUGAGUAAAAAGCACAAUGGUCAGUAAUUGCCACUGGCCCACAAAAGGACUUCCAUGACUCGUAGUGGCAGUUAUCAGUAUUCCCUACUAGAACUACUUUAAGCAUGAACAUAACCCCAGUUGCAUCCCUCUGUAACCACACUAGGGCGGACGGGAUCACGUGCAGCCGGUGGUUUCCCGCCGCCGCCGAGCGUCGGGCAAGACGGCCGCUCUCACUUCCUCCUCACCUCACCAACAACACCCCAUACCCAAAGCGAUGGCAUCCCAUCAACUUGCCAUCGCGAAGGCCUCCUUCUCCGCGGGGCUGCUGCGCCCCGACCCAACCUCUGUGCCCCGCGACGCCAUCACCGCAUUCCACACCUCGCUCGACCGGGCGCUGUCGCAAUGCACCCCGGCAAACAUCCAGGUUUGAGCCGCCGUCGCCGCCUCUCGCCCUUGCUUAACCACCUCAAGACAUACUAAAUCACGAUGUUUUCUCCCGCUCAUUCUAGGCCUGCAAGACCUGGCUCAUC